AUGUUAAUACCAAUAUUUGUUUUUAAUCUGGCAGUGGACACUCAUGAAUCCAAUUUGUUUUGGUCUUAAUUUUUUAAAUUUUCUAUUAUGAUACUACUAGAUGAUUAAUUUAAAUUUCAACAAGAGAUUAUCAGAAGAAAAUAAUUUUAAAAAUUAUCUUGUAAUGCCAUAGUGUAGAGCUUCAUUGAAAAAGCAUAAAUGAUGGAAACAUUUCAAGUUCAAUAUUGUGAUGAUUCAAAAUAGAUUUAACUGAUCAAUUAACCAAUUAAAUAAAGAGUUAAUGAAUUUUUAUAAUUCGAUUUCAAACAAAGAAUAAGAAAUAUUAUAAUUCGAACAAAAUCAAAAAGAACAGAACAUUUGAUAGAUGAUAAUAAAAGGAAUUUUCAGGAAAGAUAUCUUUAGAACUUUAAUGAUACCAAAUUGAUUCAAUUCUUGAAAAAGCACUAGUAAAAGGUUGAAUUAGAUGGAAUCAUUGAUGAAACUUUAAAUGUAAUUCAUAUGAAUAAUGUUAGAAAGUCGUUGUUACAAACUGCAUCAUCAUACUCAUCCAUAAGUGUUUGUUAUAAUCAAAUAAUUAUAAGCAAAAACCUAAAUAGAAUAAUUAUAGUUAAAAAUGAAAACUAAAAUCUCAUAAUAACAAUUUGUUUAAUAUUCUAAAUUCUUCAUUACGAUAAUGUAUGA